CACAUAACCUCUUUAUUAUAAAUAUUUUUGAUAUUGCAAUAAGAGCAAUAUUGCCCUGAGACACACACACAAAUUUAUUUUACUUAUAACAGUGUCUUGUUACUUUUCCUCUCCCACUUUUUAGGAUCUCGUUGAUGCUAGAUCUACUGCUCUCUGUUAAAGCCUUUUACUUCAUGACUAUCUCACAGGUCCAGACAUUCUAAAUAAAAUCAUAUGUAUUCUACUAAUAUUACUAUGGAAAUGUAUUUGAUAUUGUUUAACCCAGACUACUCACUUAAGAUACACAGAUAAGUUAACUUUAUAUUCAGAAAACUAAUUCUGUUUUAUUUUAAUUAGUGAUAAAUUCAUUGCACUGUUAAAAAUUGGGGCAAAACACACAUUAUGUAAAAAUAACCAUUUAGAAAGAUACAAUUCAGGACUAUUUGUAUCUUUGAAAUGUUGUACAAUAUCACCUCUCUAGUUAUUAAACAUUUUCAUCAGCUUAAAAAGAAACCCUUCAUAUAGUAUUUUCCAUUCUCCUUUCACCUGGCCCAUGGCAACCACUAACCUGUGGUCUUAAAGGUUAUGCUUUUUUAAAAAAAAUACAGGUGUCACAGAUUUAAGUUCCAAACAGACAGAGUUUUUAAAAUCUUUUGUUUUAUUCAUUUUUUACACUUUUCUUUUACCAGAUUUUAUGCUACUGGCAGCAAUCUAGAAAGAAUUGUAUUUACAAGGAAGGAAAUCAUUUUUAGUUCAGGGUCUAAAUAUAAUUAUGUAUGUAUUUAUUUAAAAGAUUCUGUAAGAAUGAGGUUUUGCAGAUCUCAUAUUUUUGUCAAUAUCUCAGUUAACGUUAUUUGGCCUGUUUUAUUUUAACUGAAUAUAUUUCAUAUAGUAAGAAGGAAACACUCUGUCUGAAUGUUACACUUUAAUUGCUAGGAGACCAGGCAUCUUGUGAUGUCACCUACUGAGGUGGAGAACCAUUGUGAUGGUCUAGAUACAUUAUCUGUGUACGCAAGCCAAAGCAGCAGCUGAAGCUGCAGUGUUCAAAACCAUGCAGAUGACAAACAUAGCUGAAAGAAACCUUAUUUGAGAUGGCACAUGUUUCUUCAGAAAUUCAAGAUGGUUCUCCUAAAGAUGGAUCGACUAAUUCUGCAGCCUCUGUUAGAUGCCCUUUGUGGGAUCCCACAUUGACUGGGGAUUUGGACCUAAGGUCUAUGAUUGAAGAAAAUGCUUUUCAGGCUUUAUCAGGAGAAUCCUUAAUAAAAAGACCACGAUACACAUUUUGUGUCUCUGAACCAGACGAAGAUAAUGAUUUUCUUUCUCUGACUUUUCCCAGAAAACUUUGGAACAUAGUUGAAAGUGAUCAAUUCAAAUCAAUUUGGUGGGAUGAGAAUGGAACUUCAAUAGUGAUUGAUGAGGAACUCUUCAAGAAAGAAGUUCUGGAGAGAAAGGCCCCUUUCAGAAUAUUUGAAACUGGAAGUAUGAAGAGUUUAGUUCGCCAGCUUAACCUUUAUGGAUUUAGUAAAAUGCGACAGAGUUUCCAAAGAUCUGCUUCUCUGGCUGAUUUUCUGGCAGAGGAAAAAGAAGUAUCUGUUUUAAGCAAGUUACAGUUCUAUCAUAAUCCAAAUUUUAAACGAGGCUGCCCUCAACUUUUAGUAAGAAUGAAAAGAAGAGUCGGGAUUAAAAAUGCUUCCACAGUAUCACUAGUUCAAGAUUUCAACAAGAAACCAUGCAGAGCUGAGGGUAAUGUGCAUAGUCCUAAUUCUGGUUUUGUUGCUGAAACUAGUGGAGAAAGGGCAUUGUCAACCUCCACAAAUUUAAAUGUGCCCCUGAUAAGGAAGCGUCCUACUAUCCAGAGAGUUGCUAAUACAACUGCCCCCCUGAGAAGUGAUCUUUCUCCACCGUCAUCAAUGUCAGCUAGGCCGUCAGAACAAAUGGUAAUGGAUCAGCAUGCCAUUUUAAACCAGUUGACCACUUUUCACAUGCAUUCACGUGACAGCUACACUCAAGCAAAUGGCCACAUUGUGAACUUUGUUACAACUACAACUGCUACAUCUCAGUAUGGCAUCAUAUCUCUCUUACAGAACAGUUAUUUUGGAACAAUGGUGGAGCCUUGCACUUUUCCAACUAGAUACCCUGCUGUGUCAGCCAGUGAGGUUCGUUUUUCUAACCCUCAAUCACCAUGCAACCAAUGGUUCUCAAUGCCAAUGAUAGCUGAUACUUCUGCUGCCUCACUUGCAACGUCAGCUCAUCAACCGUCUUCAUCCUAUGUACACCAUCCUGAUUACAAGUGAUCUAUCAAAGGACUACCAGAUAAUACAAGAAAACAAAGAUUAAAAUUUAUUGGCAAAUGACCAAAUAUGGAAAUUCUCUUAUUUGAACAAUAAAAUUACAUGUUCACCUUUA